AUGCCUCCACACCACAUAGUGUUGGGCCUUUUCCUGCUCGUCUCCCUACACAGCCCUGCUAGAAGGUGCUGUGCUGCAACUGCAAAUGACGACACUCUCAUGGCAGGCCAAGCGGUCGACAAGCUUGUCUCAAGGAAUGGCAAGUUCGCGCUCGGCUUCUUUGCGUCCGGAUCAAGCACGGCUACUAGUAAGUCCUCCUCCUCUGCAGACACCGCUACUACCACGCCCAACUGGUACCUAGGCAUAUGGUUCAACAAGAUCCCGGAUUUUACCCCAGUGUGGAUUGCUAACCGAGACGAGCCAAUCACUGUCCCAGCUGACCACAAGCUCCAAAUUUCUAUUUCUAGGGAUGGCAACCUUGUCGUCCUAGAUCACAUUGGGGCACCAGUUUGGUCCACUGAAAUUACAUCCAAAAACAGCAGCAACGACACCAUUGCUGAUGUUGCUGUGCUCAACAACAAUGGGAACCUGGUCAUACGGCAUGCCUCAGGCCCAUCUCAGCAGAUGUGGUGGCAGAGCUUUGACUACCCAACAGAAGUGUGUCUCCCUGGAUCCAAGCUUGGUAGGAACAAGGUCACUGGUUUGAAUCGUGUCUUCGUCUCAAAGAAGAACCGGAUCAACCCGGGCCGUGGCUCGUACUGUGUUGGGGCAGACUCCAGCUUUGAUCAAGGGAUCAAACUCAGCCUCUGCUCCUCAUCCCUAGUGUAUUGGGCAUCCGGGACAUUCUCUCAGCAAUAUGUAGAUCCCAGCGAUACCGGCUUGAUCAGUUACAACCAUGUUGAUAACAAUCAAGAGCAAUACUACAUAUAUUCCACACCGAAUGAUGAAGCACUUUCCAUAUACGCUACAGUAGAGAUUUCUGGCCAGAUAAAGGCUCGUGUUUGGAAUGAAAGCCUACAACGCUGGCAGCAAUUCUAUACCCAACCCAUGGAUCCAUGUAGUGUCCAAGCUGCCUGUGGACCUUUCACCAUCUGCACCAACAACAACACAAACCUCUUGUGUGAUUGUAUGAAGGGCUUCUCUUUCAAGUCACCUGGGGAAUGGGAUCUUGACAAUCCAGCAGGAGGGUGCAUGAGAAAUAAUCCACUAGAUUGCACAGCAGACAAUGGUGGCUGGAAAGAGAAAAGAUUGGAUGGUGCUCGUCAAGGAGAGAAGCAACUCAGGGCUGAGGUGAGUUCGAUAGGUUUGAUCCAGCAUAUCAACCUAGUAAAAUUAAUUGGUUUCUGCUGUGAAAGUGAUAAGAGGUUACUAGUGUAUGAGCACAUGUCCAAUGGUUCUCUUGAUGUUCAUCUGUUUAACAGCAAUGAUAUUGUCCUAGAUUGGAGCAUAAGGUACCAAAUUGCCACAGGAGUUGCAAGAGGAUUGUCCUACUUGCAUGAGGGUUGUCGCGAAUGCAUCAUACACUGUGAUAUAAAGCCAGAAAAUAUACUUCUUGAUACAUCAUUUGCUCCUAAAGUUGCAGAUUUUGGGCUGGCAACAAUUGUAGGAAGGGAUUUUAGCCGUGUUCUUACAACAUUUAGAGGAACCGUAGGCUAUCUUGCCCCAGAAUGGAUAAGUGGAGAACCUAUUACCCAAAAAGUUGAUGUCUAUAGCUUUGGAAUGGUGCUGCUGGAAAUCGUAUCCGGAAGGAGAAAUUCAUCUAAAGUAUACACUUCUGACAGUUAUGACACUUCUUUUUUCCCUGUGCAAGCCAUCAGCAUGCUUCAUGGUGGAGAUGUGAAUAGUUUGGUAGAUCCACGACUACAUGGCGAGUUCAACUUGGAAGAGGCUAUAAGAGUAUGCAAGGUUGCGUUUUGGUGUAUACAAGACCAUGAGUAUGAUCGGCCAACCAUGGGUGAAGUGGUUCGGGUUCUCGAGGGCCUACAGGAGCUUGAUAUGCCCCCGAUGCCAAGACAACUUGCAGCUAUAACAAAAUGCUAG